AGGUGGGACUGGCUCUCAGACUGGACCCUGAUCUUCUCGACAGAAUUGAGGCAAAGAAAAACGACAUCGAAGACAACUUGUCAGACACGCUGAAAGAAUGGUUGAAGAAGUCGUAUGGCACAGAGAGUUUUGGGGAUCCGUCAUGGAAACUGCUGGUGGAUGCAGUGGCUCAUCCUUUUGGAGGCAAAGACCGUGCCCUUGCCAUGGAGAUUGCUGCCAAGUACAAUGUGCCAGCUCCACAAUAGCCGAACCAACCUCACUUACAUCCAUAUUGAACAUACCGGUAUCUUCACACAUUAUUAUUGGCUGGCUAAGCAAGCCUACACAUUUUCCUUAUUAUUCCUUAUGAUA